GUGCCCCCGGGCCGGCGUGCCUGCAGCCACGCGGGGGCCCGGGCCGCCGCCGCCGCCGCUAUGCCGUCGGGUUCGGCCCACUGCCGGCGGGUUCGCCCUCGGGCGGAGGCGCCGGGCGAGGAGGAGGGGCCUGUGGGCGCCGCUGCGAAGCAGGGCGUCCCGGCCCCGGCGGCGCGGCUGCCGCCCGGGCUCGCGGCGGAGCUGGCGCGCCUGGGCUCCGAGCGCGCGGUGGCGCUCGGGGCGGCGAUGCAGUGGCAGCUUGAGUGCGCCAGGCACGAGCCCCUGGCGGUCCUCGCAGGAGGGACGAACUCACGACGAGAGGUGUUGGGGCUUCGAGGUUCGGGGAUCGAGGACCGAGUAUCCUCGGAGCAGGGCGCGAGCUAAACGGUUUUGUUUGGCGAUCUCGUGGGCC